AUGAAGGUAAAGCUGAACGAACAGGGCCUCGUGCCCGCCAUUGCCCAGGACGUCAACACCGGCAACGUGCUUAUGCUGGGAUACAUGAACCCCGGCUCCAUCAAGCGCACCGUCGAGGGCAUCCAGGUCUGGUUUUACAGCCGCAGCCAGGAGGACCUGUGGCACAAGGGCGAGGUCUCGGGCAACUACCUCAACCUUCGCGAAGCGUGGCUGGACUGCGACGGCGACACCGUCCUGCUGAAGGUUGACCCGGACGGCCCGACCUGCCACACCGGCAACACCUCGUGUUUCUUCAACCCGCUUGAGGGUCUGCCCGAGGGCUACGAGGACACCGACAGGGGCCCAGGCGUCCUGGGCGAACUGUACGCCACCGUCCAGGACCGCCAGCGAGAGAUGCCGGAGGGCAGCUACACCGUCCAAUUGCUUCAGGAAGGAGUCGGACGUAUCGCCCAGAAGGUCAUCGAGGAGGCCGGAGAAACCGCCCUCGCCGCUGCCCAGGGCGACACCGAACACCUGCCCUCAGAAAUCGCAGACCUGAUGUACCACACGCUCGUGCUGAUGGCGGCGACCGGCAUCAAGCCUGAGCAGGUCUGGCAGGAACUCCGCGACAGGCGCGGCUAG